AUUAUAUAUAGAGAGAUUAGGGGAGCAUUGUGAGUGGCGGCUCAUCUAGUCUAGCUAUAAAAGGUAUUGUUUAGCACAGACAAUUAGUAGUACCCUUAGCCCAGCAUUGCAAUUAAGCAAAUCAUUUGCAAGGAUUUGAGCAUGGAGGACUCCGGCCUGUUCAUGCAGUGGGCGAUGACUACACUGCAGCAUGAUGAGGACCUGACGGUGGCGGUGGGGGUGGCCCCUAUCGACGACGGCCGAGGUGGCGCUACCUUUCCCUCGCUCCAAGCACUCCGCGAGGCCUCGCAAGCUGCAGAAAUGAUCCAGGAGCUGAUCGGCGAACCCCAACCUCACGCGGCAAACGACUGCUGCUCCGGUGACGAUGGUGGCACUGCAGGCAAUACCUCAUCAGGAACCGCGCCAAGAAGGAGCAGCAGCAGCAGUAGUGCCACCACCCAGCCUGUGAGCUGGAAUUUUGGCGCCGCCCCUGUACCGCCUGAUCAGGCCGCUGCCACGGUGAGCCUGCUGCCAGAUAUGGUGUGCAGGUCGCCGCCGACGAGGAGGGCCGUCUUAAAGACCGUGGGAUCCAUCUAUGCACAGGACCACAUCAUCGCGGAGAGGAAGCGGCGAGAGAAGAUCAACCAGCGCUUCAUCGAGCUCUCCACCGUCAUCCCCGGCCUCAAGAAGAUGGACAAGGCUACGAUCCUUUCUGACGCGACGAGAUACGUGAAGGAGCUCCAAGAGAAGCUCAAGACGCUUGAAGACGACGGCGGCAGUGGCAGUAACGACCGGGGCGUCAUGGAAUCCUGGGUGCUUGUCAAGAAGCCGUGCAUCGCAGCAGUGCCCGAGGAUGCUGCUGGCUCGUCCCCAUCGUGGGACUCGUCGGGGACGUCGCCGGCGAGGAAUCCACUGCCGGAGAUAGAAGCUCGGUUCUUGAACAAGAACGUGAUGGUGAGGAUCCACUGCGUGGAUGGCAAGGGAGUGGCCGUGAGGGUGCUCGCCGAGUUGGAGGAGCUCCACCUCAGCAUCGUCCACGCCAAUGUCAUGCCAUUCCAGGCUUGCACUUUGAUCAUAACCAUCACGGCGAAGGUGGACGAAGGCUUCACAGUCACGGCGGAGGAGAUCGUUGGCAGACUCAAGUCUGCAGCAAUAAUGCACCAGCAAAGCCGCUGCAACAGCACUGAAGAAACUGCAUGAAACUAGUUACUAUAUAAAUUAAAGGCAGCAAAAGCCUGCACGUGAUUAAUUUAUAUAUAGUAUUGUAUAUAUUUAUGCGUAUAUAUAAACAAACGCUAUGUCGCCAUGUCGGUAUUUUUCUCCCUUUUUCUUUCAUUAAUGAUAUAUAACAUAUGUUCGGACGGAUA